AUGUAUCCCAAAUAUUUAACUAUUUAUGAUACGCCCAAAAUCUAUCUUGAGGGUGAUAUAUCAACCGGCGGCCCUUUCGCUCCCACCUUGUUGUUGCUUCUCUUUCACGCGCGCGUUAUGUCGGUUAAUCUUGAUAAAUGGAUUUCACUCGUUAAGCAAUGCAAAUAUUUACCUGAAAAUGAACUUAGAAAGCUAUGCAAUUAUGUCUGUGAACUUCUUCUGGAAGAAUGUAAUGUUCAGCCUGUUUCAUGCCCAGUGACUGUUUGUGGAGACAUUCACGGGCAGUUUUACGACCUGCUACAAUUAUUUUCAACUGGUGGAGAGCUUCCAGACACUCAUUACAUUUUUAUGGGUGACUUUGUAGAUCGUGGUUAUUACAGCCUGGAAACAUUUACUCUCCUUAUGGCUCUUAAGGCUAAGUAUCCAGAUAAAAUCACUCUGUUAAGAGGCAAUCACGAAAGUCGCCAAAUAACUCAGGUCUAUGGCUUUUAUGAUGAAUGCUUGAAUAAAUACGGAAACGCGAAUCCGUGGCAUCAAUGUUGCAAAGUUUUUGAUUUAUUAACUAUUGCUGCACUCAUUGAAGAGACAAUCCUAUGUGUUCACGGUGGACUUUCUCCUGAAAUUAAAACUCUGGAUCAGAUUAGAACUAUUGAAAGAAAUAUGGAAAUUCCGCACAAAGGUCCUCUUUGUGAUUUACUCUGGUCUGAUCCUGAUGAAGUACAACAGUGGACUAUUAGCCCUCGUGGGGCUGGCUAUCUUUUUGGACGGAAGGUCACUCAAAAAUUUAUCAAAAUAAACGGAUUGGAGUUAAUAUGUCGCGCUCAUCAGCUAGUCCACGAGGGACAUAAGUCUAUGUUCGAUAAUCGUCUUAUAACUGUGUGGUCGGCACCCAACUAUUGUUACAGAUGUGGAAACAUUGCUGCUGUUCUUGAGAUUCGAGAGCCUGGGCAAUACGAACCAAAGCUUUUUAGUGCCGUUCCUGAUUCUGAACGCGUCAUUCCCCCAUCACGCAUUACUCCUUAUUUUCUUUAA